AUGGCAGAUGCUUCAGAACUAUGGCACGCGGUCCAAUCCUCUGGGCUUUCCGCAGCACUGCUCGCUAUUACCAUCAUUUUCACUCCACUCUGCGCCUCUGUUGUUAGUUUGAGGAUCUGGGUCAGGCUGGCUUCUCACUGCUUUGGACUCGAAGAUUGGCUAAUGUGCAUUGGCGCCACACUCAAUUUGGUGCAUAAUGGGGUCGUCAUCUGGGGAACAUUCACAGGUGUUGGCACUCCAGAUUCGAAAUUAAACAUAGCGAUAAUGAUUGAAGGUGCGAAGAGUGUACCAUUUUGGCAAAUCUUUUAUAUCAGUGGCUCUCUUUUUAUCAAAACAUCGAUUUGUGUCCAGCUCUUGCGCAUAGCAAGCAAUAAGCUGUGCAAGAUAUUCCUCUGGUGCCUCAUAGCUCUCACCGUCCUUAUUACAAUGGCAGCGAUGAUAGUGGGCCUAAUUAGAUGCCAACCUCUGGCAGCAUCAUGGGAUCCAAGCCUGGGAACUUGCAUUAACCAGAGCAGUCUGGUGAUAUUAACAUAUGUCGUCUCUGGAAUGAACAUUCUUAUUGACUGGUCAGUGGCCAUUAUGCCAGUAAUCAUUCUAUGGGAUGUCCAGAUGCACAGAACUUUGAAAAUCAUGGCAAACUUGGUUAUGGGAAUUGGAGCGCUAGCUUCAGUGGCAACAAUCGUUCGACUCCCCUACUCUGCUGCGUAUUCCAAACCAGCCAACCAACUCUAUAGCAUUGGCAAUAUUAUCCUCUGGACGGUUGUUGAGUGUAGUCUGGGAAUCAUUGCCGGUUCAAUGCCUAUGCUCCGGAAGCUAUUCAAAUCUCUGCGCAAAGAUGACAGUUCUUAUAAUGUAGAUUCUAAUGAUAUCAAUCUUGUAACUAUUGGACGAAUUCGGGGCAAGCAUCAUCAUAUCUAUGAUGGGGAUCUCAGAGCGACUAUUGCAGCCGGAGAUGACCGAGAGAGUGAUAGAGAUGAUGAGAGUACGAGGCGGAUAAUCAGAGUAACCAGGACAGUAGACCAGACGUCAGCGAUAGAGAUAAAGCCAGCUAAAUGA